GCCAUGCCCAGGUCGACGCACUCGUCCCGCAGCGUCGACGACUACGACGCUGGCCAUGACUAUGGCUCCGCCGAGCGGCGCGAGGGGCAUGACACAUACAGCAGCACCACGCCCACGUCGCCGACCCUCACCUUCAGCGCCAUGCGGCACAUGCGCGCCUCCGACACCGACCUCGCCAGGUCCAGAGAGAGCGUCAAUGAGCGCACUGCCCUGCUGGGCGUGCCCUAUCUGCGCAGCGCCCGCUCCUACAAGAGCCUCCCCAACACGACGCCCGGCACCCCCCGCCCAGGCAUGACGCGUAACAACAGCCAGCUGCCCACGGGCUCCCGCAUGCGCUCCAGCAGGCGCGGCUCCAUGACGGGCGGCCACACCUUCAGCCAGCGCCUCGUCAAUGCCCUGGGCGAGCGCGGCCACGGCCUCGAGCAGAGCAUGCACUCGGCAAAGGCCUCGCUCUUCCAGGACGACCGUGUGUGGUACGACCAGUUCACGUCGACUGAUUGGGUCCACGACAACAUCGCCGAUGCAUACCGUGUCAAGGCGCUUCGCAGCAGAAAGGACAUCAGGGGCCGCCUGGCGGCUUGGUUCGACGGUGCCCAGGGCUGGGUGCUGGUCGCCAUCAUUGGCGUUCUGACCGCCGUCUGUGCCUAUGUCGUCAACACAACCGAGACCACGCUGUUCGACCUGAAGCAGGGGUACUGCACCGUUGGCUGGACCAAGAGCCACAAGACCUGCUGCGACGGUGCCUCCAUCUGCGACAAAUGGGUGCACUGGUCCGAGGCCGUCCGCACAGACAGGCUUGACGAUGUCCAGGCACAGUAUGGUUUCUUUGUACUUUCUGUCGUGCUCCUCUCCAUGGCUUCGUGCCUGCUCACCCUCACCACCAAGACAGUCAUCCCGUCCGCCGUUUCGCUCUCCACGCUUGACGAGAACCUCGGCGCAGAUGUCCGCACGUUCUCCGACGACGACGAUGACGAUGACCGCAAACGCAGCAUCAGUCCAGAGUCGAGGUUCCAGGAGGUGCAGGGCCGCCCGCCAAUGGUCUACUACUCUGCUGCAGGCAGCGGCGUGGCCGAAGUCAAGGUCAUUCUCAGCGGCUUCGUCCUCCACGGUUACCUGGGUGUGCGUACAUUGGUCAUCAAGACUCUUGCUCUCAUUCUCAGUGUGGCCUCUGGUCUCAGUCUCGGUAAAGAGGGUCCCUACGUCCAUAUUGCUACUUGCAUUGGAAAUAUUGCAUGCCGUAUCUUUUCCAAAUACAGCAACAACGACGGCAAGCGCAGGGAGAUUCUGAGUGCCAGUGCUGCUAGUGGUGUAGCCGUCGCGUUCGGCGCUCCCAUUGGCGGCGUCUUGUUUAGUCUGGAGGAAGUCAGCUACUACUUCCCAUCAAAGACGCUGUUUCGAACCUUCUUCUGUUGCAUUGCGGCGGCUCUCUCAUUAAAGUUCCUUGACCCAUACGGCACAAAAAAGAUUGUACUUUUCGAGGUGCGAUACCACUUGGACUGGAAAUUCUUCGAGCUGGCCACUUUCAUCUUCACUGGCGCCAUCGGCGGUGUGUUGGGUGCCCUUUUUAUCAAAGCAUCUCGAAUCUGGGCACGCACAUUCCGUCGCAUACCCAUCAUCAAGAAGCAUCCGCUGCUCGAAGUGUUCCUAGUUGCGCUCGUAACCGGUCUUGUCAGCUUCUGGAAUCGGUACACUAAGCUCCCCGUUACUGAGCUUCUUUUCGAGCUGGCCAGCCCCUGCGAUACUUACACCGAAGCUGGGGAUGGUCUAUGCCCGACGCUUGAGCACAUCCCUGGAGUGCUGAGGCUUCUCUUCUUCGCAUUCGUCAUCAAGGCUGGCUUGACUGUUGUCACGUUUGGAAUCAAGGUUCCCGCCGGUAUCUACGUACCUUCCAUGGUUGUCGGUGGUCUUGCUGGACGCUUCAUUGGCCACACCGUUCAGCUAGUUGCUCUGCGCUUCAGUCACCUUGGAAUCUUCAGCGAGUGCUCGCCCGACGGCCCCCCUGGCUCGUGUGUUGUUCCAGGUGUCUAUGCCCUGGUGGCAGCUGGAGCAACCAUGACUGGCGUUACCCGCCUUAGCAUCACGCUAGCUGUUAUUCUGUUCGAACUUACGGGAAGCUUGGACCAUGUCAUGCCCUUUUCUCUGGGUAUUCUUGUUGCCAAGUGGGUGGCGGAUGCCAUUGAGCCACUCAGCAUUUACGACCUCCUAACGGAUAUGAACUCUUACCCUUUCCUUGACAACAAGGUCCGACCAAUCUUCACCUCGGAACUCGGCGACAUCACUCCUGCAACAAGAGAUGACCACGUCAUCGACAUCUCCGAAGACUCUCUGAUCCCUGCAGUCGAACUUCGCGCGAAGCAGCGCGCGUUGCAGAUGGCAGGAGAGCUCGACGGAGGCCUGUCGAUUGUCAAGAACGGCACUCUGGUUGGACUCAUCCCUGCACCUGAUCUAGAGUUUGCUCUCGACAAGCUCGAAAAUGAAGAAAACACUCUCUGCCUAAUGUCCCCGCGGGUAGACUGGGCAGCAGGACGCGAGCCGCAUGACGAGGAGGAAGAAGAAGCCUACGACCCCAGUGACUUUACACCGUACAUUGACCCUGCACCAGUGGCGUUGGAUGUUCAUUCUCCAAUGGACCUAGUGUAUGAAUGCUUUGUCAAACUUGGAUUGCGUUAUAUUUGCGUGCUCAGAGAUGGCAAAUAUGCCGGCCUGGUUCACAAAAAGACUUUUGUCAAGUAUGUAAAAGAGCUCGAGGAGCAAGAAAAGAAAACGCGACACGCCUAAGUCUUGUGCUUGAUAAACUUUUGUUUUUUUCAUUUCUUCUUGCCUUGUUUUCAUACCCUCCCUAAAAUUUAGUCGACUUGUUCAAUUCUAAAAUACACGAGCGAUAUUCGCGGAUUGUUGCAUCUGAAAUGGCGUUGGAUGUUGGCUUCUUUUGACGCGGACGUAGGAGUAAAACAGGCGUUAGAUACGCUCUUCAAUUCUAACACACCGAACCAGGUUACAUGCCUGUUUUAGGGCCAUCGUUUCUUGGCAAGGAACGUC